CGCCAUUUUAUUAACAGUGUCAAACGGCAACAACAAGUGUUCCGUAUCAACAAAUACAGUUUGGUAAAAGAAUUUUCAAGCAUAGCGUAUUUAUUAUGAAUCCAGAUACUCAAAUUAAAUCCGAACCCGUUACUAACUCACCUCCGAUGGCACACACCCCUUUAUACGAGAGAAAAUCCAAUUCGGAUUUUGAUUUUGCCACUCCAGUAUAUAUGCCCACCGCCACCAAAGUUAAUCAAUAUGCAAGGGAGAAUUGGCAAAUAACAAACGAUCAUAGCUAUGCCAGACCAUGGAACUGGCGACCAGAAACGACUUUUCUGCGCCCAACAAAAACCCUCUUCAUGCCCAAGGCUCAGAAAAUGGUUAAUCCUUUGGUAAAUGUUGACGCUGUGGAUGAGGAUGUUGAUGUUGAUUCAUUAAAUGAGGAUCCACCACCCACAUAUGAUUUGGACAAGGCUAAAAACUUGAUGGAGGAAUGUGAGAGGGUUGCGAAUGUGAUUAAACCUGAAGCAAAUGAUGAUGUUCCAUGGGAAGAUAAAAUUACCAGGGCCAACUGGACUAUAAACCAAAUGCGGGUCUUUCAAGGUUUUCACAAUGCCUUAAACAUGUACCACAUGGCAAAAUUGGCUUACAAAAAUGCACAUCACGAGCCGAUUUUACGUCGAACCGUCGUAGAUAAGGCGGUGCAAAGAGUACGUAGGACUAUGACUUUAGUCUCUUGGGAUCCAAAAUUAUGCCAAUGGAUUCACAACCUUUUGCUUGAGAAUCUGACGGGCACUUAUCUUGCUUCGUAUUUGGAUAUACUUCAGACAUUGCAGCACAAAAUACCACUUUUUGUAGACAGACUUUUAGGUAAUUCAUUAAAAAGUGGUGUUCUGAGCCAUGAAGGUUUCGGUGGGUUCCUCAAAAAGAAAUGGGACCCGGUGGCGGCCAGUUUGCAACAGGACAAACCGAAGAAGUUGCCCGGCAAUCCGAUAAUUGUCAUCGUUCCCUCAGGACCUCACAUUUCGAAGAGAAUUCACAAAUGGGUCAGUCUGUUGUCUAAUUUGGCGAUGGUUGUCACUAUCCCAACAAGUUUGGGUGAGAAUAAUGGCAGUUCAGGACAUAAAACGACCAUCACCCACCUCGUGGAUACUAUGUUUGCGACGACCCGUGGCAAAAUUCAAGAGAUAACCGCAGACUACCCCGGUCGCAGCAUAGUGCUUGUAGGUUUUAAUGCGGGGGCCGCACUUGCCCUUCAAGUGGCUCAAAUGGAGUCUGCCAUCCUAUGCGUUGUCUGUCUCGGGUUUUCGUUGCUGACUGCCGACGGCCCACGAGGAGAUCCCGAAGACGGCCUGUUAGAAUUACAACGCCCCGUUCUGUUCGUAAUCGGACAAAGUUCCAAUACUUCAUCACAGGAAGAAGUUGAAGACUUGCGGGAAAGAAUGAGAGUUGAGACUGGUUUGGUUGUUGUUGGAUCGGCAGACGAUUUUUUGCGAGUCACCAAGAAGAAAUGUAGAUCCGAAGGCAUCACGCAAAGUGUUGUUGAUCGAUGUGUUGUGGAUGAAGUUGGUGAAUUUAUCAGCGGAAUCAUUUUAUCGCCGUAUCCGCCUCAACUUCGUCAAAGUCCCAUUCAGACUGCGACUAGCAACGACGGUUCUGUUAACUUGAAGAAGUCCAGGAAACGGUACCAUUCGAACGCCAGUUCUUUGGACAGCGAACCGCCAUCUCCUACGAGCAGAUUGUCCAGACCAGUUAAUUUCUUAGUGGGUCGUCCACCCGGUUCUAAGACGAAAGCACGUUCCGAGACGAAAUGGCCGGUUGCCAGUGUCAGCAGUAGUUCUCUUUCUACAGUCGUCGGAAACGGCACGGGUCCGAUUCAACCGCAGACGAGCACCAACACUCCGUCAACGCUUUCGCCGGCGAGCAGUAGUCCGCCGUCGACGCCAACGAUGUCGGCUACCGAAGGAGACAGUGGGGAAUGCGGGGGCGGCACCCCUUCACCCCAGCCGUUGCCGGUUAAGAGGAUCAAAACGCUUAAACCGGUGGAUAGGAGCAAACAACAACUACAGAUUCAGCAACUACAACAACCUCCGCCGGCACCACCACCGUUGUCAAUUCAGCCAGGUCAAAUUUAUAAAACGGCCAAGCACCAAGUUUACGGAAUGAAUCGGAAUGUGAUGGUCGGUGGACAAUUAUCUACUCUACUCCAAGGAGGAAUUAAAUCUAUUCAGUCAACUAAAACUAAGCCGGCUACUGGAAUAAAAGUGUUGGAAAACGUGACGUUAAACAGCAGUACGACGGCAAAAUUGAUCUCUAACUCGGGUCGCACAAUCGACCUGUCCAAAAUUACUGUGAUCAAUUCUCGAAGCGAAAUUGCAUCGACAUCGAGCGGCUUGAAAACGACUCCGAUGAGUAACGUGAUUUUGAUGCCGGACGGAACGUUGAAGACUGUACAUUCGGCGAGCGCAGUCAAAGGAGUUGCCACGGCCUCGAUGACGUUGACGUCGACCUCCACUAUCGUUAGUAAGACUGCCACAUUAACAACAACCACCACAAACAGCAAGGGAAAAGCGGGAAAAUUCAUAACGUCGAAACGACAGCUGAUCGGUAACAAACCGACGAGGCCGAUGAAGAAGAUCACGUACAACAUCCAACAACCAGGUCAUCACUUAGCUCCGCCCACCAACCUGACAACACAGGAUAUUAUGAACUUGCCCAUUGUUUUUGCAGAUGAUCACGUGUUGAAUGCUACUAGUGUCGCUAGUAUUGCUGGUGCCGUUAGCAAUGCCGUCGUGAACAGUACGAAUUCCACUCCGGAGACGAAUGUGGUGCACGGACAACCGACCACCGUGGCGGGGAAGAUCAUCGGGCCGGCGAACAAAUUCGUCUUGGUCAAUAAACAGAUUAGCGGCGGAGGUAAUUUCAUAAUUUCACCCAACAGUAUUAAGAAGGUGACGGCAGGAAGUGGUCUGCAAAAACAGCCGAAGUUUACCAAAAUCAUCCUGUCGAAGAGGAGCACGACGGCAGGAGUGGCGGCGCCCGCUCCGUCGGCGACGGUGACGCCAUCCACAAGCGGACAUGACGAGAGUAAACCGACGAUCAUCAAGAAGAUGAUGACUCUGCCGUCGGAAAUAACGGUCAAAAAGACGCCGACGAUGAUGGGUAGUUCUUCGCAGCACAUGGACGAGGGAUUCGAUUUGGAGAACGAAUUGGUGGCGACGGCAGUCCCUAAGCCGAAUUUUGCGACGUCUGACGUUAAAAACAUUACUGUUUUACAAUCGUCCUCGUCGGUACAUAAUUUGGUCAUGGAGGAACAGGCCAAAACAACGAAAGAGGACGAAAACGAUCCCGAUUAUUUGCCACCAAAGAAAAGAAUGAGUUUUUAAUUUGUUGUGUGUAGAUAUUUUAUUGAGUUUUGUUGAGAUUUUAAAUAAAAAACGUAUCAUUUGUAAAAA